GGUUUCUGUGCUACAUUACAUUAAGACGAAUCUUUCAGUGACAACAUAAUUCUCGAAGAUAUAUUAAACGAACAUUAUCCGAAAAUAAGAAUAUUAUUUAGAACUUAGAUUUAUAAAGUUAGUAUAACGUUUAUUAAAUUGCUUGGAAUUGGCACGCAUGUGAAAGAUCCCUUGGCAGUUGGUUGGAAUUCGAGAUAAGAGCAGGUCAUAGCGACGUGUCCAUCUUCAUUUGUGUAGUCGAUGCAGAAAGGGCAAGUGUAUGUGUUGGCGUGCAUGUAGAUGAACCAGUGAUAGUUGGAAUUCGAAAUAGAGUAGGGUUUAGUACUACUGUUCUGGGAAAAGACACUCAUUUAAAGUGCCAGAGAGAAGUAAAAAAAAAAAAAAAAAAUGGCAGCUGCCGAAACAGAGACCAACACAAGUGAUAACUGCGUCCUACUUGAGGGUGAACUGAAAGAUAUUCCGUUACAUAAAUUUGGUUUAUAUUUUGAAAAUAAGUCUAAAUCUAGAGGUGGUCCUUUAAGAAAAGAUCCUGUUAUACUGAAGCACGGUAUUUUAGUGGAAUUUGAAUCAUCAGAAGCUGUGCAAGGUGUUAUCGAAAAAGGAACCCAUACAAUUGGUAAAAAUCAGUACAAAGCGUUGAAAUAUCAGAAGAUACCACACUAUCUCAAUAAAAUAUUAGUUAGAAACAUUCCAGAGAAAGCUGAUACGGAUGACCUUCAAAACUUUCUUGAGGCCUUGUUAUCAGAUCAACCAGUAGAAGUAGAGACGGUUCGCUAUUGUGAAGACCCGAAGGAUGCAGUUGUUUCUUUCAAGGAUGAUAUAGACAUUCCCAAGUUGAAAGAUUUUAGUACUACAAAAACAUUUUUGGGCACAAAAAUUAGUAUCCAGAGUAUUGAAAUGACAAAUGUUGUCAAAUUAGUUGGUAUUAAUCCAGAAGCAUCUGACCAAACAUUAAAGUUAUAUUUUCAAAAUACAAGAAGAAGUGGAGGAGGAAGAGUUAAUAAUAUAGAAAGGUUAAAUGAUGUAAUUUUGAUCUAUUUUGCAGACUAUAAAGUCGUGGACAGGGUUUGCAGGCAAUUUCAUCACGUAAACGAACAGGAACUUAAAGCAGAGCUGUAUUUGGAAUGUUUAGGAAUUGAUGGUGGAUCAACAGACCCUAAUUUCUGUGAAAUACCCAACUCUUUGAUUAUUGAUAGCUCAUCCUUCUCAACAAAAGUCAUUAAUAUUUUAUUAGAAACACCCAAACUCCUCGACCAAAUGAACUGCGGCGUGUUAAAGGACUUAAUGGCACGUGCUGCUGAAGUGGGUAAAACUAAAAUGGCCAUCCAUUGCACGUCUAAAGGAGAUACUGCAGAGUCCAGAACAAGAUUGAAAACAUGGUCCAAAGACGUAGAAAGAUGCGUUAAAAAUUUUAUCGAAAAUAACAUUGUGGAAAAAACCUUUCCCUUAACAACCAAGACUAAAGAGACUAUUCUAACAUGGCUGGAUACAAAACUUAGUGAAACAUCAUCCUCUCCGGGUUUAUGGUUUACCUACACCUUUGAUGAGAGCCGGGUCCUGGUAACAGGUGUAAAGGAUGCAGUCUCACCGUUAAUUGAUCAACUACAAACAUUUGUUAACGAAGAACAGGCGAGACUUAAGUAUGAAGCCAGUUUGAAGAAGAGAUGUAUUGAUCUGAAACCACAUGAACUUCUAUAUUUGAAACAUACAGGAAACCUAGACAAAAUCAGAGAACAGUUCCAGUCUAUUGAUUUAGAUAUUGAUGACAAUUCAUUGCGUAUGAAAUGCACGGACACUGAAAUGAACAUGAUUGAGAGAACGGUAAAAGAAAAUUUAUCAGAUUUGGUGAGAAUUCCAUUACAGUUAACUAAAGAUAAGAACACAAUUCUUGGUGACACACAAAACCAUGCGUGGUUUUACGCCGAAAUCAACAAAAGACUUACAAAUAUAAAGGGUAUCUGGUUGAGAGAAAAUGGUGAAAUUGUAGUCUGGUGUAAAUCAAAGACGGAAUUUUUAGGAAUUAAAAAAGUAUUAGAAACUUCUAUAAUUCAACACACCGUACAAAUACCGGAAGACAAAAAACUGGUCCUACAGUCAAAGACCUGGAGUGAUGCCCUAAAGAGAACAGUAGAGGAAGAACAUCUCGCUGAGGCCAUUGUUACCGUUUCUAAUGAAACAGUUUUUAUAACUGCCAUGAAACAUAUCAUCGAUGAAGUACUCAACACAGUAACAAAUCACAUUGACUCUUCCAAACUGUUCACCGAAACUGUCCCCAACUUAACCGACAAAAUGAAAGAUAGUUUCAGAAACGAAGGUGUUGAUUUUUCUGAUAUUGAGGCUAAAUUCCACGUACGGCUUAGAUGGCAGGAUGAUGGCUCAUUAACCAUUUCUGGAACAGAUACUAAAUACAUUGAAACAGCAUUAGGUUAUAUCAAUGGUAUAAUACAACAGCACAAGAAAAAGACCAUGUAUUUCAAGGAACCAGGUGUUGAAAAGUUAAUUGCUGAGGUAUAUAGACAAGGACAUUUACACGGGAAAGGAACUGUGGUAGAAUUGACAGGACUAGAUCCGUCUGAUCGCGGCAAUUUUAAGUUGACCUUUAGUAUGGAUAUAAAAGGAACAUUAACCAAAUUAAACAUUGGUGUCGGUAGUCCCCAGUUUUUACAUGCUGAUGUGGUUCUCAUUCCUGUCACCAUUAACGACAGAAAAUUACAGCCCAUUGGUACUGGUGGUAAAAUUGGAAUAACUGAGGGUCCUGGGACCGAACAUAUCAUUAAACACGGAGCACCACAUCCAACAGAAGGAGAGACAGUCAAUACAGAACCUGGAAACUUCUACUCAAGGGCGCUGUUUUAUGGUGUUUACCCAACCGUAGCUUCAACAAACAAAGAACUGUGUAUGGGGGCUAUACUAGAAGAUGUGUUGAAGAAUGCCGAUGAAAAGGGGUUUUUCACUGUUGCUCUACCAGUAAUAAAGUCUAAUUCUCAAAAUCUGGACAAAUCAGUCAAUCAACUUACUUAUUCUGUGCUUGAGAAAUACCUGACUGAUAAACAGACGUCUUCUGUACGGUCUGUAUGGAUGUUUGCAGACACGGAUGACAGUGCAACAAAGUUCAAGGAGGUGGCCGAAAAAGCAAAUGCCCAGAGUACAAAACAGAUCAGAAGGAGAUUUAUGAGUCGGACAAGGGCUAAAGGAAAUGAAGGUACAGUGACAUCAAAAACCAGGAUGUCCUUGGUGACAGCCGAUAUCGCGUGGGAGGAGACAGAAGCAGUGGUUAAUUCGACUAACGGACGACUGGAUUUAUCGCAGGGUGCCAUAGCAGGUGCAUUGCGCAAAAGAGGUGGAGAUGAAUUACAGGCCGAUUGUAAAAAGAAGUAUCCUAAGGGUAUACAGUUGGGUGAAAUUGCCAAAACCCUUGCGUUCAAUAUGAAAUUUACAAAAUACAUCUACCACUGUAACCUACCAGAGUACCAGAAGGAUGAAUCCAUGAAGGUAUUAAAGGAGACCAUACUGAAAUGCCUACAACAAGCUGAAAAAGAUGGAAUAGUUAGCAUAGCGUUUCCAGCUAUAGGUGCUGGAAUUCUGAAAUAUCCCCGGGAAGAAGUGGCAAAUAAUUUAUUUGAGAUAGUGCAUGAAUAUGGAGAGAACAACCCAACAACGACUCUCACCGAUGUUGUUUUUGUCAUGUUCAAGGAUGAUCAGAAUGUAAUAAAGGUUUUUAAAGAAACGCAAGAGAAAUACAAGAAAAAGUAUGGAACUGAUAGAUUAUUACUUCCGCUGACAGAAAAUAAUGCUGAUCAGUCUGAGCGUUUAUUACCACUAUCAAUCUACAGUAAGGUAUCGGCUGUACUCGUCAGUGUUUAUGCAAUAGGAGAAGAACAGUUAAGGGAGAUAUGUGAUAAAUGUCAAACAAAUAUAAACCGUGACAUCAAGGAAAAAACAUCAUGGAAUGAUGACAUUUUACAGAAGUAUGAUGAUGACCAGAUGAAUGAAGUCAUUUCAGCAUUUGAACAAUGUGAUGCUGAAAUUGAAGCUAUAUUUGAUAGAAACUCUGGAACUACAAAGUUUAAAGGGCUUGCUGGCGAUAUUAUGGCUGUUAAGUCUAUUUACGACCAACAUCAUAUUGAUCAGCGCCAGUUUUUCGACAAAGCUCAAACACUACAGCUGACUCACCAGUGGGUUUUUAUUGAAAAUAGCGAUUUGGGAAAAACCCGUAAACCAUAUGAUACCCUAUGUAAUUAUAAGAUAGAAAUGGCCUACACAAAUGGUGAAAAUGAUCUUAGAAUUAAAGAUUCCACAGGCAAAGAAUAUAAAAUAGAUUUUAUUGACAUGGUAGAGAAAGCAGACGAGUGUAUUCCUAUUUUAAGAACAACACCCUAUCAAGAUAUGAAAUGCGAACCACCAAACGAAUGGGGUCAGUUAACCAGAAAUUUAACACUUGAAAGUUUAGAUGCAAGGAAGAAUGAUUACCAACGUAUUGCCAAAAUGUUUAUAGAUGGACUGGGCGUUGCUAGUCCCCCUCAGAUUGUUAGGAUUGACCUGGUGAAGAACAUAGGGGUGUAUCAGCGAUAUAUGGCUAUGAAGAAUCAGAUGGUCAGUGAAAAUGGUGGAAAACAAGUUGAUAGGCAAUUAUUUCAUGGAACAAAUCUGGAAGCAACGACAGGAAUCAACAGAGAUGGUUUUAACAGAAGUUAUUGUAGUAAUGAAUCAGCUCAUGGACAAGGUGUAUAUUUUACUGCUGACAGUUCAUAUGCUGUACGUGAUAAUUAUUCUAGAAGAGAUAAAGAUGGUCAGAAAUAUGUUUAUUUAGCAGAUGUACUAGUUGGGAAUUAUCAACUUGGUAGAGAAGAAAGCCAACGAGUUCUUCCACAAGGUGUUCAUUCUGUUGUAGACAGCUUAGACAAUCCAAGAACAUUUGUUAUUUUCACAGAUAAUCAAGCUUAUCCUAAAUAUCUGAUUGUAUUUAAAUAAAAUAUUCAAAUUAUGUCAAUGGAAAUCAGUCAAUCUAUCAGAUUUAUCUUGGUUAAAUAUUAUUUUGUAGAUUUCAUUGUGAGUUUGUAUGUUGAUUUGUGGUCGUUCCUAGUUUUACCAUCAUCUAUAAUUAAUGCAAUUUUGAGAUUCCUAAUUUUACCAUCAUCCAUAAUUAAUGCAAUUUUGAGAUUCCUAAUUUUACCAUCAUCCAUAAUUAAUGCAUUUUUGAGAUAUAUUAUUUCUGUUAAUAUUAGUACUUUCUGAGAUAUAUUAUUUGUGUUCACAUUGGUACUUUUUGAGAUAUAUUAUUUGUAUUAAUAUAAGUACUUUGUACUUUUUGAGUGACAUUUAGUAAUUGAACAUUAUUGGAAUAUGGAAUAACAAUUACUGGUUUAUUAACAUGAUAGUCACCCUCGUCUUUAUCAAGCAAAUGAUAACAUAUGCAUGUAUGAAAUAUCUUUAUUUAAUGUUCGCUUCCACCAAAGUGAUACCGCAGACAAGGGAUAACAUAUAUACAUGUAUGUAUAUAUAUAUAUGUAUUGCUUUUUAUAUGUAUUCAUAUAGGACUUCCUGUUUACACUGUAUAUACUAAGGUAAGUCAUUGAUCACCAAUUAGCCUAUUAUAUGGCUUUGAUCAAGCGCUUAUUAGUAUGUAUGACUUUCUUUUAAUGUACCGGUAUAUAAAUACUUGGGUUUUAUUUGAUGAUUUGGGGGGAUGGAAUGGCCUGGUGGUCUAGAGUGUCAUGCUGCGAUCUCUAGCUGGCCAGUCACUUCUGGUUGCAAUUGUGGUUUCGAUCCCUGGCGUGAGCGUAUGUGGCUUGGAGAUAGGGGUUCCUUCUCAACCUCGUUUACUCUGGGUACACUGGUUUCCUGCCACUGGAAAGACCCCUGGAGGUGGCCUUAAGAAAUAGGUCUAACCCAGAUCAACAAAGUAAAAAUGAUUGGGGUGCCCAAGUUGUAAUUUGACGUUGAUUCCAUAAUGUAGUAAGGUUUUUGAACAUUUAAAAAAGUGUAAUUCAACAUGGCGCCCCAGGGGUUUAAUAUAUUGUGGCAGUCAAGAUUUUGACUAAAAUGCCUUGGAAAUCGGAAGUUUGAGGUGACUGGUAUAUGACUCUCUUUUGUAAACCGAGGUGAUUCACUUGUCCAUUAGAUUAAGUGGGCAAGUAGGCUCAUCCUUUGGUUAUGUGAAUAGCUCCUUUUAACUAGAUCGGCUCUGGACUGGUUUGUUUCUAUAGUAGCUCUCGUUGUUGUGAGUGUAUUAUUUUUUAGCAAAGAGAAUAUCUUCCGUCAAAUUUUUUAUGCGUGAACUAUUAUGUUGUCACUUUGUCUGUUAACUAUUGGCAAGUGAAUGCGAUGGAGGCAACUGUUUAUAAUGCAUUUUUUUCAAAUUUGGUGCAAAGUAUUAGAGUCAUGAGAUGACAAAUCCUAUCUGGGUCAUGAGAAGACGAAUCCUGUUUAAUUUAUGUUAAGUGAGCUUCUGCUCUGGAGUUACUCCCUUUUUUUGUAAACAUAGGAGAUGCUCAAUUGAACGUUCCGGAAUUGAAUUCUGUCAAAUCCAAAAAUAAUGACAAUCGAGUGAAAAUGGGAUUUGGGGCUAGAACGCAUGCGCUGACUGCCUGAGAAAAUAUCUCAACCAACCAUGACAGCUGCAACAUAUUCAUUAGAUUUAAUUACCUCACGAUUCUACUCACACCACCUCAGUUGUCGGUUCUGACAGAACUGUGACAGGACUAAAUUCUACGUCACUCGAAUGCAAUUCCGUCAACUCAGAAUUUUCCGGACUGACUAUCGAGCAUCCCCCAUUCGAAUGCGAUGGAAGCCAGUUUGCCAAUUUAGUUUGAUCCAUUGGGGUCAUGAGAGGACAGACACUAGAGGAUGAAUCCUAUUGAUUUUCAAAUUUGGUGUGAAGCAUUGGGAUUGGAGAGCAUGAAUUCUGUUGAUUUUCCGCAUUCUAGGGAGAGAGAGAGAAAUGGGGUUUAACGUCCACUCGACACAAACUAGGUCAUUUCGGGACUAACAUAUGGUUUAAUUUUAUUUCAAUAAUUCGCUUGCGCGUAGGGGUCUUUAGCAGUUGGAGGAAACCGGAGGACCCGGAGAAAACCCAUGUGGUUGGACAGGCGACCCUACUCCUUGUCACGUACAACCGGGGAUUCGAAACCACGCCAGUCGACUCAAUGACAGACUUUAUGAUACAGCGCGCACACGGUAACCAUUCAGCCAUCCAACACCUCCUCCCCCCCGCAUUCUAGGACUUUUUGUUCGAGAAUGGAAAAGUUGUGAACAGGAUAGAUCAAGUGUCUAUGACUAUAUUUUUUUUAUCUUGGGGCAUAUAGCUGCUGUGUGGACAUAUUUAUCAUUUAUUUAUUAUUAGCUAUAUUAUCUUCUCCCUAUUGAGGAAUGAAAAUCAAUUUGUUUUUUUAUAGAAUCACAUUGUUUUAUAGAUAUUUUUUUACAUGGAUUUUUUUACAUGGAUUUUUACUUUCAUUUUGUUUUACGGUCAUUCCAUGCCAAGUGGACCAGUGCUUUUUGGGUGACGCCCACAGAAUAUUAUGAAAAAAUAGGGGUACCCAAUUGCAAAUUUUAAACCACUAUUCUAUGACACAAUUUUGAUGUACUGGUUUUAUGUCUUCAAGUUUGGGGAUUUGAAAGAAAUUUUAGGGUGACUCCCACAGAAUAUUAUGAAAAAAUAGGGGUACCCAAUUGCAAAUUUUAAACCACUAUUCUAUGACACAAUUGUGAUGUACUGGUUUUAUGUCUUCAAGUUUGGGGAUUUAAAAGAAAUUUUUAUCCAUAUUAAUAAUCCUCCAUUAGAUUUCCCUAACAAGUAUGGUGUUUAUUAAGUGCCAAAAACCAUUACUUGUGAGAAAAAAAGAAUAUUUUGAAACAAUGUAGGUUGUUACUUGUCACAUAUCUGUAAGUACUAUAACAUAUAUCUUUUUUAUAAUAUUCUGAGGAGGUUACUGAACAAUUUUGCUAGAAUUUCGUCCACUUGACAUACCCUAUACAGAAAUUUGUAAUAAACAUAGUUUUCACCAAUAGGGUAAUUAUGAUUCUCAGUUUAUCUAUUUGUUUUUUUACCUGUCAAUUUUGGUCCUAAGUAUAACUUUAGUAUCUUCUAACUGGGAUGGGGUCUAAUUUUACUGUGUGUUCCUGUAUCAUUUUAUUGUUUGUUCUGUGGGGUUGGAGGAGACAAUGGGGGGUGGGAGCGAAUGAUGUGACACUUGCUUGUUAGAUGAUCAGGUCUUUCAUCGAGUUGAGUAGCCACGGUGGCUAAGUGAGCAAGACACUGGCUUGUAGCUGGUUCACUCCCGGCGUUGGUUUGGAAAGUUCAUCUUGAUUCUCCAACGUGGUUUCCCCUUGUCAGUGGUACAAGAUGGAGGGCCUGACAAGGACAGCUAUCUAGUCGUGGAGAUGAGACGAAAAACCGAAGUCCCGUGUACACAUUAGCCUGCACGUAAAAGAUACCUUGACAGUUGAAAUUUGAUAUAAGAGUUGGUUGUAGCACCGCUGUCCAGGCAAAAUUUCAUCCCUUACAGCACACUGUAUGACAUUAGCGGAUUAGCCCAAGAGUAUGCUCGUCUUCAUUAGCCCAGUCGGAUCAGAACAGUGGGACAUUAAACCCCAUUUUAUUUCUUUUAUUGUACGUGACAAGUAGUAGGGUCACUUGUUCAACUUUGUGCGUUUUCCCUGGGUCCUCCAGUUUCCUCCCUGGCCUAAAGACCCCUCUUCGCCGCCCAAGCGAUUUGAAUCAUAUGUUAGUCCCAGAAUAACCUAAUUUUGUGUAGUUUAUGUUAUGUUAUCAAAUGAAAUGGUCAUAAUAUGUAUCAUAAUAUCAUAUUCCUAUAUAACAAGAAUAACAAUUUUUCUUCUCUUUUGUUUGUAUAUACAGAUGGUGGCUAAGUGGGUAAGGUGCUGGCUCGCUAGAAUGGAGGUCGGGUGUUCGAUCCCUGCAUUGACCGAGAAAGUUCAUCCAGAUUUUCAGGCGUGGUUUCCUGAAUGACCUGACAAGGACAUCUGUCUAGUCGUUUGGAUUGGACAAAACACAGAGGUGCUGUGUACACAUUGGUGUGCACGUAAAAGAUCCCUUGACAGUUGGAAUUCGAUAUAAGAGUAGGCCGUAAUGCCUGUGUUCGGCCAAAAUUACCCGCAUAGCACACUGUAUGGCAUAUGCCCCUCUUUAUUAGCGAAAUCGGGGCAGAACAGUAGGACGUUAAACCCCAUUUCAUUUCAUUACCUAAUUUAUAUAGCCACACUAUGACCUACUCUUAUUACGAAUUCCAACUGCCGAAGGAAUCAAUAACGUGCACAGGACCGCGGUUUCCGUAAAUCCACACGACUAUACGUUGUCCCUGGCUAGACCCUCAGUCCUGUAUCACUGAAAAGGAGGAACCAUGUUGGAAAAUCCUGAUGAACUUUCUCGACCAAUGCCAGGAUUGUGUUACCAACUGAGCCACCGUGGCCCCAUAUAAAUUAGGAAAGAAACAGAUUUUAAUCAUGUUUUAAAUUCAAUCUGAUUAAAACACAGACCCUAUAUUUCGUUUCGUUUUUAUAGUUCAAAAUUUCGUUUUACUUGUCUUUACUACUCUAGGAUCUGGAAGAGUUGUUAUCACUGACGUGUUCUAAAUGAUGUGAUGGAAUAGCUAAUGAUAAUGAAACGGUAUGUUACGGUGAGCUUUAGGCGUGUUUUGCGCAGAACUGUGGGUAAUCCACUAGUAACAUCAAUGCUGAUUGGUUAAUCAAAUUUCUGAAGUCAUAAGGUCAAAAGCUGCUCGUCAGGUUUUCAUGUAGUGUAGGCCAUCGAAAGUAUAAAAAAACGAAACGAAAUAUUGAUCAGAUUGGUUUAAAUUGGUUGUGUUGAUUGUAAACUUUCAACAAAAAGAGCAGAAAAUUAGAAAUCAGAUCACAAGUUUUAUUUUUUAUCAUGUUUAGUUGUGUAAUUGUAAAGUUUCUACAAAUAAAACAGAAAAUUAUAAAUCAGA